UGCUUCACUUUUUUUUCUCCCAAAUUGUUUUUCAUCUUAUGCUUAAAACCCUAAAUCCCUCUACAUAAUAAUGUACGCUUUAGCUCGAUCACGAUUCCGAUUUUCGAGUGGCAAUCGGCGGAUUUUAUCUACUGGUCUUCUCCAAGACCAGCCUCCUCCUCCUCCGCCUCUGCCUGAACCUUCUUCCGCCGCGGCCGCAGCCGGAGCUGAGAACAAGUCAUGGAAUUUUCUCAAGUACAGCCUUGUUGCUACCGUCACUGGCGGUGCUUCCACUGCUGGUUACGCUACUUACGCAUAUUCGUUGAACGAAGUUGAGGAGAAGACCAAGGCUUUGCGUGCAUCUGCAAAGUAUACCGUUGGUGAUAGUGCAUCUGGUUUUGAUAAAUUUCAAGCUUUGCUAUACUCCUCUGCAAUGACAGUGCCUGCCAAGUUAGUUGAGCUUUACCUAGAUCUGAGGCGCUUGACUGAAGAACAAGUUCGAGAUUAUAGUGAACCAUCAUCAGACAAGCUCCUGCCAGAUUUGCAUCCAUUGGAACAGCAUGUCUUCACCAUUGUUCUUGAUCUGAGUGAGACAUUGGUCUACUCUGACUGGAAGCGCGAGAGAGGCUGGAGAACAUUUAAAAGACCUGGGGUUGAGGAUUUUCUGGAAUACUUGGCUCAAUUUUUUGAGAUCGUUGUAUACUCUGACCAACAGAACAUGUAUGUUGACCCCAUUAUUGAUAGAUUGGAUUCAAAGCAGUGUAUCCGGUAUAGACUAUCAAGAGGUGCAACUAAAUAUGUGGGUGGCAAGCAUUACAGAGACCUUUCUAUGCUGAAUAGGGAUCCAUCAAGGAUUAUAUAUAUUAGUGGUAACGCAUUAGAAAGUAGCCUUCAGCCAGAGAACUGCGUAGAAAUAAAACCAUGGAAAGGAGAUGUGGAAGAUACCACACUUUUAGAUCUUAUUCCGUUUCUUGAAUAUGUUGGAAAGCAUAGGCCAGCUGAUAUUCGAACUGUAUUAGCUUCAUACCAAGGACAUGAUAUUGCAAAGGAGUUUAUUGAACGAUCAAAGGAGCACCAUAGGCGUAUGCAAGAGCAAAAGCAGACUGGUUGCCUUUGGCGUCGUUAGUGAUGAGUUUGGAAGUUGAGUUAAAAAAUGCUUUCCUCGGAAUAUAAAAGCAAUUGACAGAGAACAUUAAACUGUGAUAAAAUAUGUGUAACUAAAGGAUUCAAAAAUUUGAGAAUGUUACUCCUCUAACAACGUGGCUGUAUUCUUUUUCCCCCAAGCAAAUGAACUCACGUCAUUAGCUCCUCUGUAAUAAUGGAUUCGUAUCAAAAUUUUGCCAAACGGCAGCUUCAUUCAACAUAUCUGUAAUGAUGGAUUCAUGUCAAAAUUUUGCCAAACGGCAGCUUCAUUCAAUAUAUUGUUUCUGCUCUGAA